AUGCAGUUCAUCUUAUUCGUGUCAUUUUUGGCUCUUUUAGGAAGGGCUUUGGCCCAGCCUGUCGACGAGGAUCCUGCUCCUCCUGUCACUUUGGAGGACGUGGCUGAUUUUGGAGGUCAGGGGGCAAAAGAGGGCGAAAGGCCUGCCCGCUGGCUUUCUGGAGGAUGGGGAGGAGGUUGGAACUCCGGAUGGGGAGGAGGCUGGAAUGGAGGAUGGGGUGGCAGCUGGAACGGAGGAUGGAACAAUGGAUGGAGUGUCUCAUAUCGCCCCUGGAGCAACUACUGGUGGUAGCUAACCCAAAUACAGUCGCUUCCAAAAAAUUUAUACCAACUUAAAUAAAUAAACGAUUCGGGCCGAAUUAA